AGCCCCGGCUGCUGUUGACCCACUUGGACCCACACCUAGACAAAACCCGCGCCAAACCCAGCCCCAGCUAGCUCUAGACUGCGCCAUGCGGGGCCCCAGCGUGGCUCUGUGGCUCAUCCUGGCUCUGCGCACUGCACUCGGAGGGAUGGAGGUGCGAUGGUGCACCAUCUCAGACCCGGAGCAGCAGAAGUGCAGUGACAUGAGCAAGGCCUUCCAGCAAGCCAGCAUCCAGCCCUCCCUCCUGUGCGUCCAGGGCACCUCAGCUGACCACUGCCUCCAGCUCAUCACGGCCGGGGAAGCUGACGCCAUCACUCUGGAUGGAGGAGCCAUUUACGAGGCGGGGAAGGAGCACGGCCUGAAGCCCGUGGUGGGCGAGGUGUAUGAUCAAGAGGUCGGUACCUCCUAUUAUGCCGUGGCUGUGGUGAAGAGAGGCUCCCACGUGACCAUCAACACCCUGAAAGGCGUGACGUCCUGCCACACGGGCAUCAACCGGACGGUGGGCUGGAACGUGCCCGUGGGCUACCUGGUGGAGAGUGGCCGCCUCUCGGUGAUGGGCUGCGACGUGCUCAAAGCUGUCAGCGACUAUUUUGGGGGCAGCUGCGUCCCCGGGGCGGGAGAGACCAGUUAUUCAGAGUCCCUCUGUCGACUCUGCCGGGGCAACACCGCUGGGGAAGGGGUGUGUGACAAGAGCCCCCUGGAGAGAUACUAUGACUACAGCGGGGCCUUCCGGUGCCUGGCAGAAGGGGCCGGGGAUGUGGCCUUUGUGAAGCACAGCACGGUGCUGGAGAACACAGACGGGAAAACCCUGCCCUCCUGGGGCCAGACGCUGCUAUCACAGAACUUCGAGCUGCUGUGCCGGGAUGGCAGCCGGGCUGAUGUCACUGAAUGGAGGCGGUGCCACCUGGCUCGGGUGCCUGCUCAUGCCGUGGUGGUCCGGGCCGACACAGAUGGGGGUCUCAUCUUCCGGCUGCUCAACGAAGGCCAGCGCCUGUUCAGCCAUGAGGGCAGCAGCUUCCAGAUGUUCAGCUCUGAGGCCUACGGCCAGAAGAACCUGCUGUUCAAAGACACCACCUCCGAGCUGGUGCCCAUCGCCACGCAGACCUAUGAGGCAUGGCUGGGCCGCGAGUACCUGCAUGCCAUGAAGGGUCUCCUCUGUGACCCCAACCGGCUGCCCCACUACCUGCGCUGGUGUGUGCUGUCCACGCCCGAGAUCCAGAAGUGUGGAGACAUGGCUGUGGCCUUCAGCCGGCAGAGGCUCAAGCCGGAGAUCCAGUGUGUGUCCGCCGAGUCCCCCCAGCACUGCAUGGAACGGAUCCAGGCUGGGCAAAUCGACGCUGUGACCCUGAAGGACCAGGACAUUUACACAGCGGGGAAGAUAUACGGCCUGGUUCCGGCAGCUGGGGAGCACUAUGCCCCGGAGGACAGGAGCAACUCGUACUUCGUGGUGGCCGUGGUGAAGCGGAACAGCUCCUAUGCCUUCACCCUGGACGAGCUGCGGGGCAAGCGCUCCUGCCACCCAGGCUUCGGCAGCCCUGCAGGCUGGGACAUCCCCGUGGGCGCCCUUGUGCAGAGGGGCUUCAUCCGGCCCAGGGACUGCGACGUCCUCACAGCGGUGAGUGAGUUCUUCAGUGCCAGCUGUGUGCCCGUGAACAACCCCAAGCACUACCCAUCCUCGCUGUGCGCACUUUGCGUGGGAGAUGAGCAAGGCCACAACAAGUGUGUGGGAAACAGCCAGGAGAGGUACUACGGCUACAGCGGUGCCUUCAGGUGCCUGGCUGAGAAUGCAGGGGACGUUGCCUUCGUUAAGCACACGACUGUCUUCGACAACACGAAUGGCCACAAUUCUGAGCCCUGGGCUGCUGAGCUCAUGUCGGAGGAGUACGAGCUGCUGUGUCCCAAUGGCGCCCGGGCCGAGGUGACCCAGUUCGCAGCCUGCAACCUGGCACAGAUACCGUCCCAUGCUGUCAUGGUCCGGCCGGACACCAACAUCUUCACUGUGUAUGGACUGCUGGACAAGGCCCAGGACCUGUUUGGAGAUGACCACAAUAAGAAUGGGUUCAAAAUGUUCGACUCCUCCAACUACCAUGGCCAAGACCUGCUUUUCAAGGAUGCCACCCUCCGGGCAGUACCUGUGGGAGAGAAGACUACUUACCGUGACUGGCUAGGCCCCGACUACAUGGCAGCUCUGGAAGGGAUGUUGUCUCAGCAGUGCUCAGACACAGCGCUCGUCGCUUCCAGGGUCUCCCCACUCCUGAUGCUGCUCCCGCCAGCCCUCGCGGCCAGCCUCCUCCAGCCCUGCCUCUGAAGCCGCUCUGGGCAAGCCUCGCCCUCCCUUGGAAUGGAAGCCUAUUCAGACAUCUCCCUAAAUAAGGCCGCUCUCCUCAGUAAAUCCAGUUAACACUGCUCAGGGGGAAACGUGUGCCGGGAGAGGAAGCGUGAGAAACCACAGAGCUCCCCAGGGCUGCGAUUCCAACACUGAAGCUUCUGUGAUCGCUCCAGAGUGGGAUAAAGAGAGAUGUUACAGCAAAG